UUUUCUCUUAUCCAUAUGCAUUUCUUCACUUACAGCGGCAGUUUGCUGACCCGCAAUUUGGCUGAUUUAGUCAAAAAAGAACACUUCAUUCUUGAUUCGGAGUAUUUGACCACAUUGCUGGUGAUUGUGCCAAAAAUACUGGCUAAUGAUUGGUUGGCCAACUAUGAGAAGAUCACUGACAUGAUCGUGCCACGUUCCUCGCAACUGAUCACACAAGACAACGAUUAUUGCUUGUUCAAUGUGACACUCUUCAAGAAGGUAGUAGAAGAAUUCAAGCUGCAUGCGCGUGAAAAGAAAUUUAUUGUACGCGAUUUCGUGUACAAUGAGGAAGAAUUGGCAGCUGGCAAAAAUGAGAUGACGAAGCUCAUUACCGAUAAGAAGAAGCAAUUUGGCCCAUUGGUCAGAUGGUUGAAGGUGAAUUUCAGCGAAGCUUUCUGUGCUUUGGUGCAUGUGAAAGCGCUGCGUGUUUUUGUGGAAUCCGUUUUGAGAUACGGUUUACCUGUCAAUUUUCAAGCCAUCCUCAUCGAACCCAACAAGAAGAGCGUGAAACGUCUUCGCGAAAGCCUUAACCAGCUGUACGGACAUUUGGAUGGAGCUUCAGCUGGUGGCCAGGGCAAUUCCAGUAUGGAUAACGUUGAUAUACCCGGCUUAGGCUUUGGCCAAUCAGAAUACUAUCCUUAUGUGUUUUACAAACUGAACAUCGAUAUGGUGGAGACAGCAAAAAUCUAAAGUUUUUUGAGUUCAACGCUCAAUAAUCCAAUUUAGCCUAAUCACAAAUACAAAAAAGAGAAAUACCUUUACAAAUACGUUUACAAAAUGAAGAGAAGUGCAACACACUGUAAUUAUCCUACAAGAAAAGAGAAGCAAAAAAACGAAGUUUAUAAAAAUCUAUAAAAUAGUAUAAAGUAAAUACUAAACCAUAUGUACUAUGUAUGUUGUCAGUUACAUGUUCUUUGUUCGAUGAACUAAAUAGCAUUGACGAGCCGCAGAAGCAGUGCAACCAAAGGGUGCAAACUGAGUUAGCGUUAGUUAGCCCACCUGCAGUCACGCAAACGCUAGAAAAAAUUAAUGCUAUUCAUGUAAAUUAUUUUGAGUUAAGAAAUCGUCUUCUUAAAAUGUUGUAAUUCUAUUUCUCUAUGUUGGUAACUUUUUAGUACUUUCAUUUACAUAUCUACGUAGUACGUAUACAUAUACAUAUUUGUUUAUCAUUGCUUGGAACAAUUAGUUAAAAAUUUUUCUUCUAUUGUGUUUGUAUAUUGGAAAUUAGCUUUCUUCUGAAAUAUUUUGAGCAACAAUCGUUAAUGCAGACUUUGGGCUAGAAUUUUAAGAAAAACGUUAUUAAUUAUAGAAUUGUAGAUUUCCUUGUUUCGUUAUUCUACUUUUUUGUGUGGUUUAGUAAGCCAAUUUGACAGUAUUUUCUAUAUCCUUUUUAUCUGUCAUUGUGUUGAUAGUUAAAGCUCUUUCUUACAUUUUCCGAAUACCAGCAAUGUAGCGGGGUAAGCGGCCAAAUUUGUUUAAUAGUUUUUGUUUCUUUUUUAACGGUUAAAAAGAAUUCAAGAAA